CUCGUUAACUAAUCUUCAAAGUUACCUUAGCAGAUCUUCUGAAAUGGUUCCAUUUCAUGAACAAAUGCUGAACUCUCUAACUUUGGUAAAUGCAAUAUUAUCAGGUAGAUAAUUUAUGCUGUGAAAUCCAUCUUUUAUAAACAUGAAAAUAAAUAUGUUGGCUGAAGGAAGAAUUAAAAAUUAGGCUUGUUCAGUUGAGGUUGAAACAGGUUCAAAAUGGCGACACCUAAAAUUCCAGUUUUUGAGCUAGAAGCUGCUGGGAACGAUUUUAAAUCUAAAAGUAAAGAUAUUUUCGGCGUGUUACAAACUUUGGAAGAUAAACAUUCUGCUGUUGAAACGGCAAGAAAGAAAUCACUAGGGGACAGAGAUGAAGAAACUUUGUGGAAAAAUGAUCCUUUAGAAGAUGUGGAAAUACGGAAAGGAAAUCUUGAAAGGAGUAGCGAUUUUCGAAAAGAUGACAGAAAGCAAGAUGGCUUCCGUAAACCGUAUAACAGACCACCAUCUCAUAGAAAAUAUAAAAAACCUGUUAUUCCAGAAUACAGAAAACAUCCAGAGAAAUACACUUGUUACAGUCUGGGUGAUGUUUCUUCAAAUGAUAUGUCUGACGCUUCCAAUUCGCGAGCAGCGUUUGAUUUUCUUGAUGAACGAAAGAAAUUACGCGAGCAACGAGAAAGAGGCUCUGACGAGGAGGAAGCCAAAGUUGAUUUUACAGAAACUGCUUGUUCUAAAGGGGCAUUCACCUUUAAAAAGCAAAAUAAAAAGGUGGAAUGGGACAUUGACUCUAAAACUUCAAAACCCACAGAAAAGGUUGGAUUAGACAUGAACUCGAAAAUUUCAAAACCCACAGAAAAGGUUGGAUUAGACAUGAACUCGAAAAUUUCAAAAUCAACUGAAAAGAGCUUUGUUAAAGUUUCUGAAGUUGAUCAAGAUUUAGAUAUAUCGGUAUCAAGUGACGUUACUGAAGAAAUCAAGGACAAUAACUCUGAGAGUACAAGUUUUAAACGUAGGAAAACUAAACAGAGAAAUAUCAGAGUCAGGGAAAAUGAAGAUGAUGAUGAAACUUAAUUUUGUUGUUUUAUUGAUGUUUUUAACAGUUUUAGUUUGUUAUGUAGGGCCCUAUCUAGUAUUAUACUAUUAAAGUGAUUGUAAAGAGG